AUGGAAGCAACAAACGAGGCUUCGCGUAGAAAGGAGAAUCCUAUUAAUACUCCGUCCGCAGAAAUUUCUCCAACCCAUAUAUCAACCCGCAACUUAGCCGAACUUAUCACUGAAGCACGAAAUCUCCAUGACACAACAGGAAUUCAUAUCGACAAGAGACAGUCUCAUCAUACGCUUUACCGCAAAUAUCAAGGAUCCUACAAAAUGAUAUCAAAGACAUUCGUCACAGUCAGCCGCUCCACGAACUACGAGUCGCUCUUUGGGGUAUUGAUAGCAUUGAACCGCAUCUGCAGAGCGAAAGGUAAACCGCCGCUAUUCCGGAGACGUGAAGCUGCCAAAGAACUGUUGCGGAACUCCUCGCGUUGUAGCAGAACUAACUUCCAGGCUCAAAGCUUGGCUAGCGAUAUUAAGAGUGUGCAAGAGGAGUUUGACCGCCUGGAAGGCAUGAAGAAUUAUGGUCAAAAGUAUCCACUUGCCUACAGUACGGGGAAGAUCUCAAACUUGUCUCGUACACCCCUGGUGCUUAGAGUGGAAAUCGAACUCCUCACUACCGCGCGCGGAUACAAAACUAUAUUCUUAACCCUCAUGGUGGAGUUCAUUGAUCUUCAACAGCACGGAAGGCAUGUUUCUGUAGACGCGGCGCCAUCUGCAUCUGACACCAGUCAGAUUAUGAAAGCCAGCUCCAUAAGAGAGGCCUUAGCAAGAGUCCUCAAUCGUCGCUAUAGAUCUAUUUCAAAUACCCAAGAUCUCAUUAGAGCACAGUUGUGCCGGACUUCAAGGCUCCAUACUGCAGUUCAACACGUCCUGUGCUCUGAGGCGCAACAGGAUGCUCGAAUCCUCCGCCCGGAAGUAAUAUGUUCCAGUAAAAUUCGUGCUAUCUCUACCACCUCCUUCUCAAGAUGUAUGACCACUUAUAAAAUUGCCGUGCCCAAACACUCCAGCUAUUAUAGUCAUCUCGCGAAACAUUAUUUUCACACGAUAGUCGGAUGUGUCGGAUGUGUCGUCACACGAUGGCCGGAUGCAUCGGCAGAUGCAUCAGCACCAUACAAUACAUUCAAUGCAGUUCCUCAUGUCUCUGGUGCCUCACAUAGCUUCACAUUAUUGCUAUCUCUUUAG